UGCGUGAGUCCUGCCCCCAGGAGCUCUCGAGCUGCCCGCGCGCUCACACCCGGCUUCUCUUCAGCCUUGGCCUGCGCGCCGCCAUCGCCGUCAUGCUAGGCGCUGCUUUCCGCCGCUGCGCUGCAGCCGCAGCCGCAGCUGCCCGAGCCGGCCCUCGAGGCCUUCUGCACCCCGCUCCGGCCCAUGGCCUGGCCGCCGCUGUCCAGUCAGUUUGCUGCUACUCCCAUGGGUCACAUGAGACAGAUGAGGAGUUUGAUGCUCGCUGGGUGACAUACUUCAACAAGCCAGAUAUCGAUGCCUGGGAAUUGCGUAAAGGGAUGAACACGCUUGUUGGCUAUGAUCUGGUUCCAGAACCCAAAAUCAUUGAUGCUGCUUUGCGGGCAUGCAGACGGUUAAAUGAUUUUGCUAGUGCAGUACGCAUCCUAGAGGUUGUUAAGGACAAAGCAGGACCUCAUAAGGAAAUCUACCCCUAUGUCAUCCAGGAACUUAGACCAACUUUAAAUGAAUUGGGAAUCUCCACUCCAGAAGAACUGGGUCUUGACAAAGUAUAAACUCCCAUGGGUGGGUGUCCAUGGACUUACUAGUGUUGCUACUUGAUUGUAAACUGUUGCCUGGAAAUAUUAAUGAUAACAUAUUACCUUAUUCAAACAAGUUUUCCUUUAUUGAGAACCAAACCAUGUCAUGGUAACUUGGACCUUAAUAAAAGGGAAACAAGUCUGAACUGAAA